AUGUACGUGAGCUCGCUCUUGGAGAAGGAGCCCAGCAUGUACCCAGGACCUGCCAGGGCCAACAACACCCUGCCCGUGCAGAACUUCGUGUCUGCCCCAGCCUACUCCGACUACAUGGGAUACCACCCCGUGGCAGCCCUGGACAGCCACGGGCAGCCGGCGCCCGCCUGGGGCUCCCACUACGGCCCCCAGCGCGAGGACUGGAGCGCCUACGGCCCAGGCCCUUCCAGCGCCGCGCCUGCUGCCCACAUCAAUGGCUCGUCCCCUGGCCAGGGCUCCUACAGCUCUGCUGACUACAGCUCCCUGCACCCCGCUGCUGCUGCUGCGCCCUUACCUCCUGUAGAUACAAUUCAUGCCCAGCAAAUCUCUCCCAACAGCCAAAGGCACAGCUCUUAUGAGUGGAUGAGGAAAACCGUGCAAACCAACACUGCUGGUAAAACAAGAACAAAAGAAAAGUACCGGGUUGUUUACACAGAUCACCAGAGACUGGAACUAGAGAAGGAAUUUCACUGCAACAGAUACAUUACAAUCAGGAGGAAGUCAGAACUCGCAGCAAACCUGGGACUCUCCGAAAGACAGGUGAAAAUCUGGUUCCAGAAUCGCCGAGCAAAAGAGAGAAAAAUGAUCAAGAAGAAAAUCUCGCAGUUUGACGGCAGUGGGGGCUCAGCUCAGAGUGACUCUGGUUCACUCAGUCCAAAUGAACUGUCAAAUUCUCUGUUCCCACCACCACAUGGAAUAAAUGGAUUACAGCCUAAUGACAUUCAUCAAGUCAUAGUUUCAGAAUGA